AUGUCAGCUCAGAACUCCGCGGGCAUUCAGACCCUCCUCGAUGCCGAGAGAGAGGCUCAAAAGAUUGUGCAGCAAGAUCGCACUAAGCGGAUAAGGGACGCCAAGGCUGAGGCUCAGAAGGAAAUUGAAGAGUACCGCAACCAGAAGGAGGAAGAAUAUAAGAAGUUCGAGGCCGAGCACUCGAGUGGAUUCAAGAAGGCUGAGGAAGAUGCGGACAAGGAGGCCGUGGAGAAGAUCAAGGAGAUCGAGGCUGCCGGCAAGAAACAGGGCGACAAGGUCGUCGAGGAUCUUAUCAAGGCGACAACUGAUGUGAAGCCUGAGGUGCCGGAGAAGAUUGUGCAGGCAUAG